GCCAUGGCUCGCACUAAGCAGACCGCUCGCAAGUCCACCGGCGGCAAGGCGCCGCGCAAGCAGUUGGCCACCAAGGCGGCACGGAAGAGCGCGCCGGCCACGGGCGGCGUGAAGAAGCCGCACCGCUACCGGCCCGGCACGGUGGCUCUGCGCGAGAUCCGCCGCUACCAGAAGUCCACGGAGCUGCUGAUCCGCAAGCUGCCGUUCCAGCGGUUGGUGCGCGAGAUCGCGCAGGACUUCAAGACCGAUCUUCGCUUCCAGAGUUCGGCCGUGAUGUGCCAGUGUCCGGGUGGACCUGCUUCAGCACCUUGUACACUCAUGUCCGGGCGAGGCAAACAAGGCGGCAAGGCUCGCGCCAAGGCUAAGACUCGCUCUUCGCGGGCCGGGCUUCAGUUUCCCGUGGGCCGAGUGCACCGCCUGCUCCGCAAGGGCAACUACGCCGAGCGGGUCGGGGCCGGCGCGCCGGUCUGGCGGGCAACGCGGCCCGCGACAACAAGAAGACGCGCAUCAUCCCGCGCCACCUGCACCAUGGCUCGCACUAAGCAGACCGCUCGCAAGUCCACCGGCGGCAAGGCGCCGCGCAAGCAGUUGGCCACCAAGGCGGCACGGAAGAGCGCGCCGGCCACGGGCGGCGUGAAGAAGCCGCACCGCUACCGGCCCGGCACGGUGGCUCUGCGCGAGAUCCGCCGCUACCAGAAGUCCACGGAGCUGCUGAUCCGCAAGCUGCCGUUCCAGCGGUUGGUGCGCGAGAUAGCGCAGGACUUCAAGACCGACCUACGCUUCCAGAGCUCGGCCGUGAUGGCGCUCCAGGAGGCGUGCGAGGCCUAUCUGGUGGGGCUCUUCGAGGACACCAACCUGUGUGCCAUCCACGCCAAGCGCGUCACCAUCAUGCCCAAAGACAUCCAGCUUGCCCGCCGCAUCCGCGGGGAGAGGGCGUGA